AUGACCCAGAAAGCGCAUCGCGACUAUCAGGAUGGCUUCGCCGGGAGGAUAGGAUGGGGUAAACGUCCGGCGCUGCUACUUGUCGAUGUUUGUAACGCCUACUGGAACGAUGCCAGCCCAUUGGACACCAAGUCUAACCCUGCGUCUGCGGCGGCGCCCGCGUCCAUCGCAAAACUCGUCUCUGCCGCCCGCCAAGGCAAAACGCCGUUGAUCUGGACGCGAGUCGAAUACACGAAGCCGGACAUGUCGGAUGCGGGCCUGUUCUACAGCAAAGUACCGCUACUCAAGCUGUUCCAAGUCGGCUGCGGGAACGGGCUUGAAAGUUGGUAUCCUGGUUUAGAGCCCGCCGCUGGUGAAGUCGUCGUCCCCAAGCGCUACCCGUCCGCAUUCUUCGGGACCGAUCUGGCUGCGCAACUCCAAAGUUGCAACGUCGAUACUGUCAUAAUCUGUGGUGUCAGUACAAGUGGUUGCGUCCGCGCGACUGCCCUCGAUUGCAUGUGCUUUGGAUUUCGACCAAUGGUCGUGGGAGAAGCAUGCGGUGACUUAUCACCUGCGGUCCACAAAGCAAACCUUUCCGACAUCAAUGCAAAGAUGGCGGAUGUGGUUUCUGAGGAUGAAGCAAUUCAGAAGCUGCAGGCUGGAUGGAAUUGA